AUGAACAAGAUUCGCGCAAUCCAGGAGCUCAACAAGAAAGAGAUUGAAAAUGGAAUCUCCCCCGAAGGCUCCUGGCACGUCGACUACCGCGACACGGCGUACAUUUACUUUGGCGGGCUCCCCUACGAAAUGUCCGAAGGCGACGUGAUCACCAUCUUUUCCCAGUUCGGCGAGCCCGUCUGGCUCAAGCUAGCCCGCGACAAGGAGACGGGCAAAUCCAAGGGCUUCGGCUGGCUCAAGUACGAGGACCAGCGCAGUACGGACCUGGCCGUCGACAACCUCGGUGGUGCGACAAUUGGUGGUAGCCGCAUGAUCAGCGUAGACCACGCGCGCUACAAGUUCCGCGACGACGAGGACCCGGACGAGGGCAAGGUGGACUGGGCGACGGUCCUGAAGCAGGAAGGGGGCGACAAAACGGACGAGGGGUCUGGGGACGACGACGAGGAGGAGGAGCAGCGGCCGAUGCUACCUGAGGAGAGGGAGCUUGCGCUGCUGAUUCGGGACCACGACGAGGACGACCCCAUGAAGGCGUUCUUGAUCGAGGAGAAGAAGGCCGAGAUCCAGGAGGCGCUGCGGCGGCGGGAUGACAAGUCUGAGAGGAGGAGAAAGCACAAGCAUCGUCAUCGAUCGCACAGGUCGCGCAGGCACGAUAGCGAUGAGGAGAUGGGGGAUGCGGACCGCGACGAGGACAGGCAUCGCAGCCGGAGGUCUCGCCGCGAUGGUACGCCUGAUGACAGGGAUCGCAGAGACGAGAACAGGAGUUCACGCAGGCACGCUCGUAGAGACGAGCUCCAUGAUGGGAAAGCGAACAGGGAUGAUGGGGGUCGGAGAGAUAGGGAUCGAUCCAGAGAUAGACGGGACCGGGACCGGGACCGGGAUCGGGGCGAUGACGGGGACACGAGGAGGGAGCGCCAGCAUCGUGAUCGCGAUGUUUCGGAAGAACGCCAGCAUAAAAGGCGUAGAGAUCGUGAUGAUGAGCGGCUUCACACAAGGAGGAGUAGGAACAGAAGUAAAUCGCCAUAG